GCUCCGGCUUCAUGAUCACGGACAUCCUGCGCCUGGCGCGGCCAGAGCCCGACGAGGAGGCGCGCCGCCGGCUGGCGGCCGCCUCGCCCGACAGCCCUGCGCUCUCCGAGUGCCCGACGGACUUGACGGUGAAGCGAGACGGCCCAGACGACGAUAGCGACGGUGACGUCACAGACGACACGGACCAGCUCAAGACGGGCCAGCACACAGACAAAGAGGAGCUCUCGCCGUCAUCGCAAGGUCAGAACGGCUGCUCGCUCAAGUCCAAGAAGUCGAGGAAGGCACGCACCGCCUUCUCCGACCACCAGCUGCAGACGCUGGAGAGGAACUUCGAGCGGCAAAAGUACCUGAGCGUGCAGGACCGGAUGGAGAUGGCCGCCAGUCUGAACCUCACCGACACCCAGGUCAAGACCUGGUACCAGAACAGGAGGACAAAGUGGAAGCGACAGACGGCCGUGGGCAUGGAGCUGCUUGCUGAGGCGGGUAACGUGGCGGCGCUGCAGCGGAUAUACGGUGGCAGCGGCGUGCCCUGGCCGUACCCGCUGCCGGCGCAGACGCUACCGGCUGUGCCCUCGCUCAACGCCGCCUACUACAACCAGCUGGCAGCCAUUCAGAAGCCGCUGGCGUACCGUAUGUUCCCUCCGAGCCUGGGCCUGGGCGCGACCGGCGCC